ACUUCCAAAAGCGGCAAACCCCUUUCUUCCUCUCUCAGGAAAAGUGCUAUUCAUUUCUUCCAACACAUGCAAGCGCGUGGUAACAGACCUUAUGGGGUUAUUUAUAGCCACACCUACAUGUGCCUUCACUCUCCUUGACUUUAAUACGGAUUUACUCUCGUCAUGAAGAACUUCGGUGACUCUAUUCCUAUUUAUUAUCGUCCAAACAGAGGUGGACUUUCAUUUUUAGAAUCAUAAUGUAGAGUUUUAAAGGGAAUUUCGUGUUGGAAAGAAAGUUGUCUUUUAAGGAGCUUCGUAUCGUUUAAAGUGCAUGUUUGUGGGCACUGGAGCCCGCAGUGUGACGUCACCGAUAUGAUUCCCGCCCAGAGUAUGAGAUCAGCUAAAAGUUAAACGAGAGAGCUAGUGUUCGCUGCUGCUGAUUCAUAAUUUGGUCAUAAUAUAUAAAAUGGACUCAAAAUCAGCGGGAAACUGCGCGGGAGCAGUCGUAAUCUUCACCGGCAUCAUGUUCUUCGGAAUAGCAAGAUUGACCGUCGCAACAAAGUGCUACAAGUGUGAUUUCUGGCCAAUCAACGGAACGGAUGAGUCGUGUUUAUACCCAAAUGAUUUUUCAUCAGUAUGGAUGGACGGUAUCGAGAUUGUCGAGUGUGAACACGCUUGUUUCGUAUCAAACAAUUCACUCGGCGGACCUGAGUCGAUACACAUCUCGCGUGGCUGCUACGAAGACGAAUACUGUCCCGAUAUCUGCCUGGUCGAUCCCCUCGAUGGGUGGGAGUCGUGUACGCACUGCUGCGACGACGACCUCUGCAACGAUCUCCUGCCCGAGGAGAACUUCGAGGACAGCACGUGGUGCUACGACUGCGGUAGCCACGACAUCGAUUGUGUGAACCCGUCGAUGGAGACGACUGUGAGGACGACGUGCGACACGGCCUGCGAGAUGAAUGUAUACAUCUCCGAACAAACGUCUGUAAUGCGAGGUUGCGCCCUGAGUGAAGACGAUUGCAACGAUUGUGAUGAUAAAGAGGAUUGCACGUUCUGCUGCGAGGGUUCGUUCUGUAAUGACGCACCUCCUGACGUCAUCGCACGGAAAUCCAACUUGACGCAAGACUGCUUCUCGUGUUAUUACAGCCCUGACGCAUUCGAAGUGCAGGACAGCAGAGCGUGUGGCACGGAGUUCGAUCCCAAUGGUGUGGGCGUCGAACUGGUGCAAUGUUCGGGGGUUUGCAAGAAAGUGGUAUCUGGCCAGUCGAUAGAACGAUCCUGUGUUCAUAACUUGGAGGACUGUCACGCAGGGUGUCGAAUAUUCGGCUCAUGCACGUACUGCUGCGAAGGAAACAAUUGUAAUACUGGACAUCACAGUAUACAUAUCAACAUUUUAUUACCAUUUUUGACAGCACUUCUUGUUUGCUUCAUGAUACAACGCCAUCGACAGUUAUUAUAACACAGAGUGAAUGGCCAAUUGGCGCAUUUUGUAUUCCUUAUGUACUUUGAUAAUCGGCGUUUCGACGGACCUUAAUGAUAAAAAUAUUGUCACGCUUACCGACUGGAGAUGCGCAACUUAUUAGACGGGGAUGUUUGAAAUCAGGGCUUAUAUUUUCUUUUGAGAUGCGAUGUACGUUUCUGUAUUUUUGUGCCGUAAAGGGGAUGUUUUAGAAGUGUAGACAGUUAUUACUCAGCAU